AAGUUGUUUAUAAACAAGUGCGUCGUUUUCGAUUGUGGACCGUGUUUUUCCCCCGCAGGUAAAUCCUCCCCAGUAUGUUGCGCAAAAAGUUGAAACUGUCCGACCAGCCGGAACCGGAACCUACCACCGCUGGCUUCGAUUACGCUCCGAUGGAGUUCGCCCUCCGUCCCCAGUCAUUACUGCCCAUAACUUCACCUCAUUUCGAGCCCAAGCCACAAUUCGCACCACAACCACAAUACCAACCGGAACUUCCGGCCAUUCCGCCAGCUGUACCGCUGUACUACCAACCUCCGGUCGUUCCGGCCCUUCCGCUGUGGCAUCGCAUCUACCAGCUCGAACUGCAGCUGUGCGAAGCGCUGAAGCAGAUUCCACUGCCGGCGGAGGUGGCCGCCACGUACGAUCCCAUUCAGUACGCCGCCGAGCUGCACCUGGCGUACAUGCAGCGCUUUCUGGACCGUCCGAAGGCGGUGCUGUUCCUCGGCAUGAACCCGGGCCCGUGGGGCAUGUGCCAGACCGGGGUUCCCUUCGGACACGUUCCGUCCGUUCGGGAUUGGAUGCAACUGCGUGGCCAGGUGUACAACCCGAUUGGGGAGUUGGAGGCGCGUCCGGUGCAGGGAUUGGCGUGCACCCGGGGCGAGCAGAGUGGCCAACGCUGGUGGGGAUUGUAUGAGCAGCUGUGUGGUACACCGGAAAACUUCUUCCGGAACUGCUUCGUGUGGAACAUUUGUCCGUUGGCGUUCUUCCACUCGAGCGGACGAAACAUUACGCCGGCGGAGCUGAAGGGCCCGGCAAAAACUCGCAUUCAGCAGGUCUGCAACGAGUUCCUGAAGACGGCGUUGGAUCUGUUUAACCCGGUGAUCAUCGUGUCCGUUGGUCGGUACACCGAGGAUCGCGUGAAAGCCCUGGUCAAGCAGAACCUGCUCGACCCGAACAGGGUGCAGCUCAGCUGCAUGCCCCAUCCGAGUCCGCGAAGCCUCAACAAUACAAACUGGUUGGAGAAGGCUCGCCAGUGGCUCGUUGACCACGGGGUUAUGCCGUACCUGCAGUCUUAG